GGCGGCGUCGCACCUUCCGGUGAAUUUUCUCCCACGAAGAUAUUCGACGGUUGAAGUUUCGAAAAUACCCAAUUUGGAUUUCGUCCAAACCAAUCAAGAAGACAAAUUUCGGUUGAAACAUUUCCUUUUUCCCACAGUUUGUGUAAAUAUCGAACUGCGAUACUGCGAACGUGGACUUAACACAAGAAAUAAUCGAUAAAUAUAUUUUUUUCCAUGUGAAACCGACAGGACGAUAUUGUGACGUGGUCUGGAACAUGUUGAAGCUCGGAAAAUGAAAUACCAGAGACGUGCAGAGAGGCACAACACAAAGAAGCGAAAGAUGCUGGAGACUUCAAGGAGUAUCUGCUCUUUUUGAUAGCAUAGAAUAUCGGAGGUAACCCCACCAUGGCUUCGAAACUCGACAAGAAUUGCCUUAUCAGAUACGACGUUUUAACAACACUGGAGUGAACUAAUUGGGGAUAUGAAUCUGAUAAACAUGGACGCGGAGAACCGCGUAGUCCUAAAUGUGGGAGGGAUACGACAUGAAACAUACAAGGCGACAUUGAAAAAAAUUCCAGCAACCAGAUUGUCCAGACUGACGGAGGCACUGGCUAACUAUGACCCUAUUCUGAACGAAUAUUUUUUCGACAGACAUCCUGGAGUCUUUGCCCAAGUACUCAAUUAUUACAGGACUGGUAAAUUACAUUAUCCAUCUGAUGUUUGUGGGCCACUAUUCGAAGAAGAGUUGGAGUUCUGGGGACUUGAUGCGAAUCAAGUGGAGCCUUGCUGUUGGAUGACGUACACUCAGCAUAGAGAUACUCAGGAAACCUUGGCAGUUCUGGAUAGAUUAGAUUUGGACACUGAAAAACCGAGUGAUGAAGAAGUGGCUAGAAAGUUUGGCUUCGAAGAAGAUUACUUCAAGGGGACACUCUCAUGGUGGCAACAUCUAAAACCCAAGCUGUGGUCACUUUUCGACGAACCAUACUCAUCAACGGCUGCGAAGGUCAUCGGCAUCCUCUCCGUCUUCUUCAUCUGCGUUUCCAUCAUAUCGUUCUGCCUAAAGACUCACCCCGACAUGAAGGUGCCCGUCAUAAGUCUGAAGAAGGUCAGAAAGCCAACAAACGAAACGGAUCAGGUGCCCGAGAAGGUGGACACGGACGCGCAUAUCGUCUUCUUCUACAUCGAAUGCAUCUGCAACGCCUGGUUCACCUUCGAGAUCAUCAUCAGGUUCAUCGCCUCCCCCAGCAAGUUCGAAUUCAUAACGUCCUCCGUCAACAUAAUCGACUACAUCGCCACCUUCAGUUUCUACAUAGACCUCUUGCUCAGAAAGUUCGCCUCCCACUUGGAGAACGCCGACAUAAUGGAGUUCUUCUCCAUAAUCAGGAUAAUGAGGCUGUUCAAGUUGACGAGACACUCGUCCGGCCUGAAGAUCCUGAUUCAGACCUUCAGGGCGUCAGCGAAGGAGCUCACGCUGCUGGUGUUCUUUCUCGUCUUGGGAAUUGUGAUAUUUGCUAGUUUAGUUUAUUACGCGGAACGCAUACAGACGAAUCCGAAGAACGACUUCAAGAGCAUACCGUUGGGGUUGUGGUGGGCGCUGGUGACGAUGACCACCGUGGGUUACGGGGACAUGGUACCGAAGACUUAUGUCGGUAUGUUCGUUGGUGCUUUGUGCGCUCUGGCCGGUGUGCUUACGAUCGCUCUUCCUGUGCCUGUUAUCGUAUCGAAUUUCGCAAUGUAUUAUAGUCACACGCAGGCAAGGGCAAAAUUGCCGAAGAAACGAAGAAGGGUGCUUCCAGUAGAACCAACGAGAGGACCAAGGAUACCAGGACAAGCACCUACGGGAGGUCAAUGCCCAGGGGGGAACGCAGCAGUGGCAGCACAAAACAGAAGAAUGAACGCCAUAAAAGCCAAUCACCCGAAGGAUAACUCAAUAGGGGCGCCACCAAAUCCGAAAUUAGGUAUAAUCGCGACCCUGAAUCCGAACGGAGUUGGCUUGGACUCAAAUCCAGCUUUAGUCAUCUGCAAACCAAAGCUUGAAUUCACCCCAUCUCAGGUUAAUCUAACCAAGGACACUGGACAAACUUAUACGACAACCAUAAAAUCGCCCGAGUGAAAGCUGCCUUUAUUGUUGAAAGAAAAAGAAAAUGUAGAUUAGGUCUUCAAACUCAUUUCUGUAGAUAAGAUAUGGACUCAAUUCUCUUCUUGUAACCGUAAAUGUUCAAAUAUAUAAUUUCCUGUCUA